AUGUAUGCGAUUGCACAAUGUGUUGAAAAAACAACCCGUACCUUUUGCCAAAACUGCAUCAAUGCAGUGUAUACCGAUUUAUUUAAUUGUCUACCUAACACGGAAGGUACGUCAGUCUACAUGAGCUGUUUUGCAAGGUAUUCAGAGACCCCAUGCUUCAAUUAUAACCAGACAAUUGACAUCAGGAAUCUCUUAAAAGGGAAGUCAAAUAGUGUACCCAAAAUUGCUGGAACAGUUUGUGGUGUUGGUCUAUUCAUUUUGAUUAUUUUGUGGUUAAUGUUUCGAGUAUGGAAGAAGUCUAAGAAGACAAAAGAAGGUGAACCAGACCUCGACGUGGCAAUUAGAUACAAUUAUAAACAUCUGCAAUCAGCAACGAAUAAUUUCAGCCGAGAGAAUCUUUUAGGGAGAGGAGGUUCUGGCGAAGUGUUCAAGGCAGUUCUUGAUGCUAACAACAUCGUGGCAAUUAAGAAAAUUGAAGUAGGGUACCCUAAUAAAGUGAAAGAAGAAUUUGAAAAUGAAGUGAAGCUCAUAAGUAACGUACACCAUCGAAAUCUUCUCCGUCUCCUAGGUUGGUCAAGUGAAGGAUCCAAUCUACUCCUUGUCCUGGAAUACAUGUCAAAUGGCAGCCUUGACAGAUUCUUAUGGGGUGCAAAAAAGGGGACUUUGAACUGGAAACAACGAUAUGAUAUAAUAUUUGGGAUAGCGAGGGAUUUUGGGUUGGCAAGGUUUCUCCCCGAUGAUCAAAGUCAUCUUGUUAGUAACCAGUUUGUAGGGACACUGGGCUACACAGCGCCAGAAUACGCACGUCAUGGUAUUUUAUCAGACAAAGUUGAUACUUACAGCUUUGGAAUUGUGAUUCUUGAAAUCAUUAGUGGACGAAGGUGUACCAACAUGAACUUUGAUAGACCAUCCAUGGAUUACCUCCUAGAACAUGCCUGGACGACGUAUGAGAACAAACAACAUAUUAAGCUCAUUGACGAGACAUUAGAUGUGAACGAUUACCACAAAGAACAUAUUAUGCAGAUAAUUGAGAUUGCUUUGUUGUGCACUCAAUCACCAACUUCAGAAAGACCGAAUAUUUCAGAAGUUAUUCUGAUGCUAACAGAUGGCCAAUCAAUGUGGAACAGACAGCUAACCAGACCUACUGUCAUUGAUCAUGAUAGGAGGAUUCAUAUAGGCUCUUGAGAUGAGAAUAUAUUGCUAAUGUUUCUUGAACGCCAAAGAAUUUAGAGGCAAAUUAAAGAGUAGCUGCUUAGUGUUCAAGUAUAUGAACAAGUAGAAAUCAUGGAGAAGAGAAUUAAUGUUGCAACGGUUUGCUAAUUUUACAUCAAAGCCAGAUAUUCCUUAAUCACGGUUUAUCAUAGUGUGU